ACAUCUCGAAUCUCUUGUUUACUAUGAUAAUAAUUACGAGGAUCACUCUAUAAACAAUACUUGCGCUACGAGGAGGAAGAAUUCAGCCCUUAUAACUUUGGGAAAUUUGAAUAAUGGUGCAAAUUCAGAUGUUAUGAAAGUUUGCGAGGAACGUGCAACUGGUAUAUGCGAAGA